GUGCCCGAUGCACAAAAGCUUGUCGACGAGCAAAAUAUGGUCGAUGACAGUGAAAUUAACACAGAAAAGAAUUUGGAUGGCGAUGCUGUUGGUGGUGGUGGUGGCAAAGGACCAGGUGGCUUUGCGGGUGGCGGUAUUUCUAUGACAUAUCGCAGCACGAUAUUAAAAAAAUGGCAUUCCGCACCGACGGUAAAGGAGGUGAAAGGCAACCAUGGUGAAAUGGGUAAACCAGUAAGAAUACCAUCGGAAAUGAAGGACCUUAUGAAGGAGAAAUUCAAAGAGAAUCAAUUCAAUUUACUAGCCAGUGAUAUGAUAUCAUUGAAUCGUUCGCUGACCGAUGUGCGACAUGAAAAUUGCAAAAAGAAGCAUUAUGCAUCGAAACUGCCAACAACCUCAAUUGUGAUAGUUUUCCACAAUGAAGCGUGGUCAACACUACUCCGCACCGUUUGGAGUGUCAUCAAUCGCUCACCGCGUACGCUACUCAAAGAGAUUAUUCUUGUGGAUGAUGCCAGCGAGCGUGAUUAUCUAGGUAAGAAACUGGAGGAUUAUGUGGCGACACUACCGGUGCAUACGUUUGUGCUGCGCACAGAAAAGCGUUCUGGUCUCAUACGCGCCCGCCUGCUUGGCGCCGAACACGUGACGGGUGAAGUCAUCACAUUCCUGGACGCACAUUGUGAGUGCACAGAGGGUUGGCUGGAACCGUUGCUGGCGCGCAUUGUGCAAAAUCGGCGCACUGUAGUGUGUCCCAUCAUUGAUGUGAUCUCUGAUGAAACCUUUGAAUAUAUAACUGCUUCGGACUCGACGUGGGGCGGUUUUAAUUGGAAAUUGAAUUUUAGAUGGUAUCGUGUUCCUCAACGUGAAAUGGAGCGUCGCAAUAAUGAUCGUACAGCGCCGCUGCGUACGCCCACCAUGGCGGGUGGACUAUUUUCGAUCGAUAAAGAUUAUUUCUAUGAAAUUGGCUCCUACGACGAGGGCAUGGAUAUAUGGGGUGGUGAAAAUUUAGAAAUGUCCUUCCGGAUAUGGCAAUGUGGCGGCAUUUUAGAAAUAAUACCUUGUUCACAUGUGGGUCAUGUCUUCCGUGAUAAAUCGCCUUAUACAUUCCCUGGCGGUGUGGCCAAAAUUGUGCUGCACAAUGCGGCGCGUGUGGCCGAAGUGUGGUUGGAUGAGUGGCGUGAUUUUUAUUAUGCAAUGAGCUCAGGAGCACGCAAAGCUGUCGCUGGUGAUGUGAGUGAUCGUCGUGCGUUGCGUGAACGACUAAAAUGUAAAAGCUUCCGGUGGUAUUUGGAAAAUAUAUAUCCGGAAAGUUUGAUGCCAUUAGACUAUUACUACUUGGGCGAGAUUCGUAACGCCGAAACAGAGACGUGUCUCGAUACGAUGGGCCGCAAAUAUAGCGAAAAGGUAGGCGUGAGCUAUUGCCACGGGCUGGGUGGCAAUCAGGUAUUCGCCUAUACGAAACGACAACAGAUCAUGUCCGAUGAUCUAUGCCUGGACGCAGCGAAUGCGAUGGGUCCGGUGAAUAUGGUGCGUUGCCAUAAUAUGGGUGGCAAUCAGGAAUGGGUUUACGAUGCCGAGGAUAAAACGAUACGACACACAAACACUGGCAAUUGCCUGCAACGUCCAUCACGUAGUGAUCCAGUGACGCCGCUGUUACGCCCAUGCGACUAUUCAAAGGGUCAACAAUGGUUGAUGGAAUCGAAAUUUAAGUGGCAAGCACAUUAGUUGUUGUUGUUUCUAAUCAUGAUAUUUACAAUUAGUUAGAUAGAUAGUUGUCAUAUAUAAAAUAUAAAAGAAUUUUUUUUACAUGUUAGUUAACUUUUUAUUGUUUCACACUAAUGUUUGCUGAUUACUAUAACUAUUAUACAUACAUACAUACAUAUGUACAUACCUACAUAAAUAUGUAUAUGAUUUUUACUACUAAAAUAUUUUGUUCUACAUAUUAAGUAAUUUGUAACUACAUACAUAUUGUAAAGUUUAUUUUAUAAAUUUGCCGUAAACGGAAGGAUAAAAAAUGAGUUACAGAUAUGCAUUGAAAUACUAUGUAGUAUCAACAUACAUAUGUGAAACGCAUAACAUACGUAUAAAAAAGUUUCAAAAUGAAAAUUAUUGCAUGCAUGCUUGUUCAAGUGUCUGCAACAACAAAGUAAUUCGUAUUAUCUUUGCAAAGUCUUCCCUAUGAUUAAAGAGAAAAAAAUUUUAAUAAAAUACGAUGGAUGCAUAAUUGCUGAAUAUGCAUGGAUACAUCAUACUGGAUACAGUAACAUACACACAUACUAUAUACAUAUGUAUGCAAUGAGCACAGAUGUGUUUACGAAUAUCAUACAGCUGAGAGCGAAAAAUAUGUAUGAUUACAUAAAUCAAGUUGGAAUUUCUUGUAAAUAUUUAGUAUUUAGGAGUAGCAAGCAAACGACAUGUUUUUGUAGUAGAAGAGAGACAAAAAAAUAAACAAACAAAAAAACACUUAAAACGUCCAUUCCAAAAAAAAACAGAAAAUUAGUAGUAAAACGUUUGGUGGUAAUUUUGGAAGUUUCGUAGCCAUAAAAUAUAGAAACGAAGAAAUCAUAAAAAAAUAUAUAUACUACUACAUUACGUAUAGUAAUACUAUGAAGGAGCAAGCGUUUAAUAAAAGUCAUAGCACUGAUAGUGACUUAUGAAAAUUAUGUUUUAAUUGUACCAAAUAGCGAGAAAUUUGCAAAUUCUUAUUUUUUUAAUUUCAGCUGUGACUAGUUGCAUAGUCGAACUACUGGAAAUAGAACAUAAAUAUUCAAAGAAAAAAAAAUUAUUAAAAAGUUCGUACCAACACAUUGGCAUUUAA